UGACAUUUAUUUGUCAAGCAAAAUGGCCUAAAAUGGCUUUAUAAUAAUUUUGAUAAAAUUUUAGUUAUAAAAAUGUGAAAUAACUGGAGCGAGCCCACUCAGCAUCAAAUUCAAACAACAUUAAAAGGUAAAACUGAAUGAAAGGUAUUAGAACCCGACGGGUCAGCUCAUCAGCAGGCGAAUGGAGGGCAGCGGCAAACAGUCCCGUCUGCUCGGUCGUUUGCUCGGCAAGCUGCGCGGCGAACAUCGUCUUUCUAUGACUGAUAAGAAUUUGUCCUUCACUUCUACUGGCAUGAGUGAAAAUAUUGGAUGCGGAAGUGACAAUGAGUGUGAAGACGAAACACAAGCUCAGCCAUCCACAUCGAACCCUAUCUUUGAUGAAGCAACUUUUGCGGCCAAUGUUGAUUUGAGGUACAGUGGGCAGUACUUGACCCCAGAGCAACUUCCAGAGUUCUGCAACCAGCUUCAUCACCUCGUCGAAGUGAUCAGAAAUAUUCAGUCAUAUGCUAAGGUCACGGGAGAAUAUCCGAGUGACCUGGAGCGUCGCUUGGAGCGAGAGGCUCGUGAGGUGGCUGCUCUGGCGAGCGAGGCCAGGAAUGCUUACGAGGUGGUGAACCGCGUGAAGGUGCAGAGACAGGCACUGCGACAGGAGCGGGUGCGGCUUUUGGCGCAGGUCACCAAGAUGAGGGAAGCUGAGAUUCGGGAGUUAGAGAGUACGGUCCGGUUGUCGGAUAGAAAGCUGUACAAGAGUUGGGAGGCUGUGAAGGACUCAUCUGAUCCGGCCGCCUUUGAACCACUCUCUGCGGAAAUCCGGGCCAAGCAGUUAGCGCUGGAGAACCUAGAGAGGCUUAUUGAGACCCGAUGCUCAAACGCUGCCCGCAAGCCCAUUCACGCACUGCCACUACCUCCACAUAACGAAGAAAGUUCAGCAGUAUCGAACGGCCGCAAACGACAUGAGGGUACUAGAAGGUCCAACAAACGCAGACGGAAGGACACAUUCCGCGAGCCUCGGUCGGAGCCCUUGUCGCAAGAGCCCAGUCGUCAUGAACCGCAGCAGGUGACGUUAUACAUCCAAGGUUCGGGAUCCGUGGCAGCAGAUUGCCCAAGACUACGUGCUGGCAGCGCGGCAGCUGUCACGCUGGGUUCCUUGGAGUUGCCCAACCGUGGCAGCGUGCGGGACAUCCUGUUCUUUACAAGCACUUGAGAAACCGGCCAUACACUGGACCUCAGCAAUAUCAAAAUUAAUGCAGCUUUCAAGAGUAUUCCGGGGUAUCCUCGUGAAAUGUACUUUGGCCAGUCAGCUUGCGGUCUUAGGCUGAAAUCUAUAUAUAUCUCUUCGACUUUGCUCCGAAUUUACUUACGUAAAACUUUGCUGAGUGUUUUGGCUUGUUUUGGCUUAAGCUCACCAUAAUUUCAGCUGUCAAAUAACUAUUAAAACGAAAUCAACGAUUAUGCUAAGCCUACACUCAUCUCAGUUUUAUGUAAGUAAAGUCUAAGCAAAGUCUUAGUACGCUCUAUAGAUCUCAGCCUUAGUGUAUAUUGUGAGAGUGCCGAGGUCAGGAGCGAUUUAAAUGUUCACAUCAUUGAGGAUAUUUCGUAAUCCACUUAAAGUGUUUGUUAAAUUAAGAACAUACAAGACUACAUAUUCAUUUUGCAAAGGAAUAUUGGUAACUAUGGCUUUCCAAAAUUGAUAAAGGAUACUAUUUCCCAAUUUAGUUGUUGAGUUAUAAGUGCCUUUUCACAUGCAUAAGGUCACGGCACGGUUGUGUCGUGUUAUGUUUAGUGUAUAAGUUACAAUGAUAGCUAAUUAAACAUUAAUACUACAGAACUUUAACUUUAUACUAGAGCUCCCGAAUCAACGCACGCACACGGCCGCUAAGGAAUCUUGGGGAGACAAAACUAUUGAGUGUCACGCCGGCCUUGCCUGCCCCGCCGAGAAUGGUCGCUGUCCGGGUUAAGUUAGCUGCACCGCGCCGUCAAGCUUUUUGUAUGUACCAACUCUAGUGCUCCGCCAAGACGUAGGUAUAAAUUUCAAGGACACCGCUGAGUUACGCCACUGUUCUAUUCUGUUUUAUGGUGCCGUGACUGUCGUGUGUCACCCGUGCCUAUCCACUGUUUUGACGCGGCAACCGUCUUUGGAGUAAUGUAUUUACUUGUAAAGCCUCGUUCACAUGAACACGGACAUUGACCGGUGAUGUCUUCAGUCUACUUCUCAGUCGUACUCCUCACUGGUGAGGAUCGUGACUCCUUCUGAUCUAGUCCACUAGCUGUCGCCAUUGGUUACGAUCCGUUGCCUAUUGUAUUGCAACAUUCAUUGGUACCUCCAGCUCUUUGGAAAUUUGGUUAGACCACCAUAUGAAACUCCAGCCUCUCGGUCUCUUUCCUUCAACCUUCUCUGUCACCAUAUGACACUCCAAAUUAUUGGCAUUUCUGCGAGCAAUGUGGCCAAAGUAUCGCACUAUUCUUUGCAGACUGACAAACUGCUGUGGAAAAGCGCUGAGUUUUCUCCAUUUUCAGCUCCUUCAGUACAGAAACGUUUGUGCGGUAUGCUGUCCAAGGUAUCCUCAGCAUCCUGCACCAGCACCACAUUUCGAAGGUGUCCAUUUUCUGCCUAAGCGCGGCCUUUAUUGUCCACGUUUCCACAUCAUAGAGAGCGAUGGGAAAGACAAGUGUGGGAGCAAGGUGCACAAGUGUGGGAGCAAGAUACCUUAUUCAGUACGGUCAUUGCUGUCCUGGCUAUUUCUAUGGGUCUCCUUAUUUCGGGUUCACUGCUGCCCUUGUUGGUUAUGGUAGAUCCAAGGUACUGGAAUUGAUCCAAAAUUGUCUUCAGUCUAGUACCUCGGUAUUACAGCGACCGUGUACAUGUGAAUUAUGAAAGAACCGUGCCAUUUAGACGGCAACCGUAUGCCUGUGAAUAGGCCCUAAUACUGUUUGCCAAGUCAAAACUCAAUGUUAAUUUUGACAACAAAGCUAAAUAUUUUUGCUUAGUAAUUAAAUAAAUAAGUUUUAUGUUAAUGCGAUUCAUUUUCGUCUCCAUGGGUAGCAAUUAUUUUUGAUAAAGUUAGAAGGUUGUUCAAGUCUUUACAGAAACACGGUGUAACUAUGAAUUUCCCGAUCGUUUGCCACCAAAGAAAAACUAUUGAUGUCAAUGCAACUUAUAAAAUAGUCUUGCAAAAGUAAUGUACUCGUUGAUCAACAGAACAUCAGUGACGUCAACGAUAAUACUUUGGUGUGAAAAUAUUGUGUCUUAUGUUGGAUUUUGUCUAUUAAGGCCCCUUUUACAGAUGUUGUGUUAUUUGUUAUCUUAACUGUGGCAGGAAUUGUCAGGAAUUCCUGCCACAGUUAAUUUGAUAAAAAAAAUUCAUUUAAAAAUAAGAUAUUUGUUAAUGUAGGUAUAUAAUUUUUUCAUCUAUUUUUGAUAAGGAAUGAUGUUCAUUUUAAAUUUCAACUAUUAUCUUUUUAACCAAAGCGUGUAUUUUAAUUUUUUCAAACUAUUUUUAUUACAUAAUUACGAAGUUAAAUAUUUCCAAUUAGAUUUUAAUUAAAAAGUUUGCUUGCGCAUUUGUGUCGAUAUCUGAAGUGGAAUUAGAUGGUUUCAUUAAAUAAAUGCUCACUCGAAUGAA